AUGACCAAGCCGCCUAACGACGAAGGCCUGGUCUUCGAGACGUCCGAGGAUGUCGAGGUACUUCCCACGUUUGACGCCCUGGGUUUGAAGGAGGACCUGCUUCGGGGCGUCUACGCCUACGGCUUCGAGAGGCCCUCCGCGGUGCAGCAGCGCGCAGUUCUCCCCAUCCUGAAGGGCCGCGACGUGAUCGUGCAGUCGCAGAGCGGCACCGGGAAAACGUGCGUGUUCUGCCUGGGGGCGCUGCAGACCGUAGACACGAAGGAACGCGACCCGCAGGUGCUCUUCCUCUCGCCCACGCGAGAGCUCGCGGAGCAGAGCCAGAAGGUGUGCCUGGCCCUCGGCGAUUACCUGAACGUGCAGGUCCACUGCUGCAUUGGCGGCAAGCGGGUCUCUGACGACAUCCACACCUUCGAGGCGGGCGUCCACAUCGUGUCUGGCACGCCAGGGCGCGUGUUCCACAUGAUCCAGCAGAGGCACUUCAGCACCCGCAAGAUCAAGAUGCUCGUUCUGGACGAGGCGGACGAGAUGCUGAACCGUGGCUUCAAGGAGCAGGUCUACGACAUCUACCGUUACCUUCCCCCAUCGACCCAGGUGGUCCUCGUCUCCGCCACCAUGCCGCACGAGGUCCUCGAGAUGACCCACAAGUUCAUGAACAACCCGUUCCGGGUCCUGGUCAAGCGCGACGAGCUGACGCUCGACGGUAUCAAGCAGUUCUUCGUGGCGAUCGAGCGCGAGCAGUGGAAGUUCGACACCCUCUGCGACCUCUACGACACGCUCACGAUCACACAGGGGCCCCGCGGGUCUUCUGCAACACGAAGCAGAAGGUGGACUGGCUCACGCAGAAGAUGCGCGACGCCAACUUCACGGUGGCCGCCAUCCACGGAGACAUGCCCCAGAAGGAGCGAGACGCCAUCAUGCAGCAGUUCCGCUCGGGCUCCAGCCGCGUGCUGA